AUGUGCAUCGAUGCUAAGAGUCUAAACCGUGUUGUCGUAAUUCGCGAGAGUAUGAAAAGGAAUAGGAGGAUGUUCGGCAAUUUGCUCGGACAUCUCGGUAGUGCCAGACAAAGAUUGGAAAAUGAUAGGAAAAGAGAUGCAAUUCAACGUCAGGAGGAAUGUGCUCAGAGGGUGGAAGCGAAAUUGGCGAGGCAACGUAACAAUUUGAGGGAAAUAAGACGGCUGGAAUGGGAGGAGAGGAGGAAACAAGAUCGGGAAAGAUUGAUCGAACAGAAGAUAGCGCUGAUUCCGUAUAGUUUCGCCGAGUUUGCUGAGCCGACGUCAGCAGUACUAGCAGGAGGUUCUAAGGAGGAGAAAGGUAAGGAAUUGGAAAUGGGGGCCGUUGAGGAAACUCAAGAGAGAGCAAGAGAGCAAGUGGAUGAGGAUGAUAGAAAGGAAUCUGGAGGUGGGUCGGAAAAGUCGUUGCUCGCCGACACACGAAUUUGA